CAGAAGAAGACGCUCAUGUGUGCGCACACCCCUCAGCGUGGAGCUUCAGUGAAGCUGUCAGUUUCUCCCGCAGUGACUGAGCGAGUUUUCUGCCGGUUAAGAAUGUUGAGGUUCGCUGCGGUCCGAGGUGGCCUGGGCCUGCUGGCUGUCAGGAGGGCGUCCCGUCUCUCCAGGUCUUCCCACUCUGGCGUGCAGACGGAGUAUAAACCCAUCAAAAAAGUCAUGGUGGCCAACAGAGGUGAAAUAGCAAUCCGAGUCUUCAGAGCCUGCACCGAGAUGGGGAUUCGCACUGUGGCUGUUUACUCUGAGCAGGACACUGGACAGAUGCACAGACAAAAGGCUGAUGAGGCUUACCUGAUCGGGAGAGGCCUGCCACCUGUUGCCGCAUACCUGCACAUCCCAGACAUCAUUAAAGUCGCCAAGGAAAACGGUGUGGACGCCAUUCACCCUGGCUAUGGUUUCCUGUCUGAGCGUGCCGACUUUGCCCAGGCCUGCGCCGAUGCAGGAGUGAGGUUUGUGGGUCCAACCCCAGACACGGUACGCAAAAUGGGAGACAAGGUGGAGGCUCGCUCCUUGGCCAACAGUGCAGGUGUGCCUGUGGUCCCGGGGACAGACGCGCCCAUUUCCUGUCUGCAGGAUGCGCAGGCUUUCGCUCAGACCUAUGGUUUUCCCAUCAUCUUUAAGGCGGCCUACGGCGGGGGCGGUCGCGGCAUGAGGGUUGUCAGAGAGUACGAGGAACUUGAAGAGAAUUACCAGCGGGCGUACUCGGAGGCCCUCACCGCUUUUGGAAACGGCGCCUUGUUUGUGGAGAAGUUCAUUGAAAAGCCGAGACACAUUGAAGUGCAAAUCCUCGGCGAUAAAUAUGGAAAUGUCAUCCAUCUCUAUGAGAGGGAUUGCUCCAUUCAACGCAGACACCAGAAGGUGGUGGAGAUUGCCCCUGGAUUUCAGCUGGACCCUCAUCUCAGAGACAGACUUCACUCUGAUGCUGUUAACCUGGCCAAGCAGGUUGGCUAUGAGAAUGCAGGAACUGUGGAGUUCUUGGUGGACAAACAUGGAAAACAUUACUUCAUCGAGGUCAACUCCAGACUCCAGGUUGAACACACGGUCACCGAGGAAAUCACUGAGUCUUCAGGAGUGGUGAGGGUAUGGGCAUCCGCCUGGACAGCGCCUCAGCCUUCCAGGGUGCCAUUAUUUCACCCCACUAUGACUCGCUGUUGGUGAAAGUCAUCGCCAGCGGAAAGGACCUGAACACGGCUGCCUCUAAGAUGAGCCGCGCCCUGGCUGAGUUCAGAGUGCGAGGGGUCAAGACCAACAUCCCCUUCCUCCAGAACGUCCUGUCCAACAAUCAGUUCCUGCACUCCACCGUGGACACCCAGUUCAUCGACGAGAACCCCGAGCUUUUCAACCUGAAACCCACGCAGAACAGAGCCCAAAAGCUGCUGCACUACCUUGGUCAUGUGAUGGUGAAUGGACCAACCACACCCAUCCCCGUCAAGGCUAAACCGUCCUCUAUAGACCCUGUGGUUCCUCAUGUGGGCAUGGGUGACCCACCUGUGGGCUUUCGGGAUGUUUUGCUCCGUGACGGUCCCGAGGGCUUCGCCAAGGCCGUCCGUGCCCACCAAGGUCUGCUGCUUAUGGACACAACCUUCAGAGAUGCUCACCAGUCCCUCCUGGCAACCAGGGUUAGGACCCAUGACCUGAAGAAGAUUUCUCCAUUUGUGAGCCACAGCUUCAGUAACCUUUUCAGCCUGGAGAACUGGGGAGGUGCUACCUUUGACGUGGCCAUGCGCUUUCUGUCGGAGUGUCCGUGGAAGAGGCUCCAGGAGCUGAGAGCUUUGAUUCCUAAUGUUCCCUUCCAGAUGUUGCUCAGAGGAGCCAACGCCGUGGGCUACACCAAUUACCCAGACAACGCAGUCUUCAAGUUCUGUGAAGUGGCCAAAGAAAACGGCAUGGACAUUUUCCGCGUCUUCGAUUCCUUGAACUACCUUCCCAACAUGCUACUGGGCAUGGAGGCUGCAGGAGCCGCGGGUGGCGUCGUCGAGGCUGCCAUCUCCUACACGGGCGAUGUCUCUGACCCCAUGAGACAGAAAUAUUCCCUGGACUAUUAUGUGAAUCUGGCAGACGAGCUGGUCAAAGCUGGAACUCACAUCCUUUGCAUCAAGGACAUGGCAGGCCUGUUGAAGCCAACAUCCAGCCAGCUUCUUAUUGGCGCUUUGAGGGACCGUUUCCCAGAUGUGCCCAUCCACGUGCACUCUCAUGACACAGCUGGAGCCGGUGUGGCAGCCAUGUUGGCCUGUGCAGAGGCUGGAGCUGAUGUAGUGGAUGUUGCAGUUGACUCUAUGGCUGGAAUGACCUCUCAGCCAAGUAUGGGGGCCAUCGUCGCCUGCACUAAGGGAACCAAGUAUGACACCGGUAUCGCUCUGGAGAAGGUGUUUGACUACAGCGAAUACUGGGAGGUAACUAGAGGUCUGUACGCUCCCUUCGACUGCACUGCUACCAUGAAAUCCGGCAACGCUGACGUCUACGAGAACGAGAUCCCUGGAGGACAAUACACCAACCUCCACUUCCAGGCUCACAGUAUGGGGCUGGGAAAUAAGUUCAAGGAGGUGAAGAAGGCUUAUGCUGAAGCUAACAAACUACUGGGAGACCUCAUUAAGGUUACUCCGUCUUCAAAGAUCGUUGGUGACCUGGCACAGUUCAUGGUGCAGAACAGCCUGACCAGGCAAGAAGUAGAGGAGAGAGCUGACGAGCUGUCUUUCCCCCAGUCUGUGGUGGAGUUCCUCCAGGGGCAUGUUGGGAUACCGCAUGGAGGCUUCCCUGAGCCCUUCCGGUCCAAGGUGCUGAAGUCCCUCCCCCGUAUAGAAGGUCGUCCUGGUGCUUCUCUCCCAUCAAUGGAUUUCGAGGCUCUGGAGGCGGGGCUCCGAGAGGCGCACGUUGAUGAGAUCACCCCUGAGGAUGUGAUGUCGGCAGCAAUGUACCCUAAAGUCUUCCAAGAGUUCAAGGAGUUUACAGCAAACUUUGGGCCUGUGGAUUGUCUCAGUACCAGGCUGUUCCUGGAUGGACCCAAGAUCGCAGAAGAAUUUGAGGUGGAGCUGGAGAGGGGGAAGACCCUGCACAUCAAGGCCCUGGCUCUGGGCGACCUGAACAAGAACGGCCAGAGGGAAGUCUUCUUUGAGAUGAACGGGCAGCUGAGAUCCGUGCUGGUCAAAGACACGGUGGCUAUGAAGGAAAUGAAGUUCCAUCCCAAAGCUCAGAAGUCCAUCAAAGGGCAGGUGGGGGCACCCAUGCCUGGAAAAGUCCUGGAGGUCAAAGUCAAAACUGGAUCCAAGGUGGAGAAGGGCCAGCCCCUGUGCGUCCUCUCAGCCAUGAAGAUGGAGACCGUGGUCAACUCCCCCAUGGCCGGGACCAUCAAGGCCAUCCACGUCUCACCUGACGCCUCCCUGGAGGGAGACGACCUCAUCUUAGAAAUUGAAGAGUAAAGUUUGAGAGGGGGAGGGGGGUAGUUAGGGGGCAGCAGCAGGUAAACCGUCUAGUCCGAGGAGAGAGUGGAGAGAGGAGAAACCGGCUUUUCUUCUGCAGCCCCCCUCAGGUCGUUCAUGUGUGGUGACAUCAUGGCGCUCCGUGGACAUCCUGACCCCUGCUGGAUGAACUGAUGGGAUGAUGUGUAGCUGAGAAACCUUCUGGAUGUUGUGAUUAGCUUAACUACAAUACUUUUACUAACCUUAUGUCAACUAGUGGAAAAUAGCUUAAUAUCUUAGAAGAUCCUUGAAUAAUGAGACAUUCCACCUCAGAGCUAGUCUUAAAUGUGAAGUAUGACAGCGAGCUAACUGUUUAAUGCCUCAUGCAAACACUGUUCUUUAGGAAACUGCUCAAGCUGCCUUUGUGAUGAGCAGGGUCCUGACAAAGAGUUUCAUUCUUCUCUUACCCCUGUCGCUGUGCAUUCUGGGAAUGUGUGAUCCCGUGGCGCUUAAGCCGAACAGCUGAAGGAAACGAAUCACAGGAAGGAACUCACGAAACGCGGCUGAGACGCCAUAACUGUCUCAGUGAUGGCGAGCUUCUUUAUCUCAUGGUGUUUAACUAACCACGACUCUGUGGAGCAGCAGCUCCAGCACGUCUCCAGAGAACAUCCAGAGACGGCAGAACAGUCUGUACGCUGAUUUCUUUACUGCUAGGUGCAAAUGGGAUUACACAGAGCUGUAAUGGGGUCGUGUGGUGCGUUCAGGGUUCCACGGAUUCAUUUAUGUAUUAAUUCUCAGUCAAAUUAUGUAAAAUUAAUCGCACUAAUAAGAGUCUCUGGAGACUCCCAGCAGCAGGUUUACAUUUCUGUGUUUGCGUAAACGUGUUUGCACAUGUUUGAGAUGAACCGGACCAGUCCUUCACCUCCACAGGCGGGGAGCACAUUCAUGUUCAUACAUGAAAUAUUCAUCCCGCAUAUGCCCCGCUGCUAAACGCUCCUGCUAGCCCUCGAGUGCUGCCCCCCCUGGAUCAAAACCAACAAACGCCCUGCGUGCUGUUGUAGCUGUUUCCAUGGUUACGCCAUACGCUGCGUUUAAUGACAGUGUGACAAGGUUGCUGCUCUGUACACUGGGACAAAGAAUUUAGGCUCCAAGUUCCUGCAGGCUGGUUAACGGACCCUGAGGGGAGCGCCUCCCAACCGGCUCUAAGCUACACGGCGUCCUUCAGCUAAUAAAAAAAAAUGUUGCAGGGGGAGGAUUGAUGCUCCGCGACAGGAACAUAUCGCUCACUUUCUGAUUGAAAUACCCAUUGAGACGCGUCUUUUUGUCCAGCGUUUUUGAUCCGUUAACUUUAAGAAUCAAAACCCAUUUCAACUGUUCUCCAAUAAGCAGUGAUGCUCUACUUAAAGCUCCGCCUCUCCUGAUUUCAUCGUCCAUUUAGAAGCACAGGAAUGAUGUCUGGAGUUUGCUUGUAACUUGUUGCACAAUAAGUCUCCUCCUCUUCCUCCUCCCUUCAUGCUCACUGCUCCUCUUCUUUCUUGUGGUACAUUUUUAUACAUUUGCACUUGUGGCAUCAAUUCAUGCAAUAACGUAGGCGGUUAUAGCCAGCAGUGAUUUAGACGGAGAGAACACGUAGAAUGUAAGCCUGUUUCAGGUCACGCCGUGUGAAUUUACAGUCUGAUCCGCAUCCUUCUGUGGUUUCUGACCCUCUGAAACAGUUUUCCUUCACUUGUUUGAGACAGUCUUCAGAGCAGAUCUGGGGUCCAACUGGAGGGAAAACGUCCUGAAAGUCACAUGUUUAAACUGAAAUCUCAAUAAACUAUCGUGAAAUCUG